AUGUGGUUUUCCAUUAUCAGUCAUCGGGUAUCGGGAAUAAGGUUUUCUGCUAUCGUGCCCAGCAAUGCACAAGAUAUUUAUAAUAAUAAAAGCUUCUUCGCUCUUGCUGUCCCUUUCAGUCAAUGGUCGUAUGAGACGUGGGAUCUGCUUUGUGAGUGGUGGAAGAACGGGGAGGCCAAAAAGCGUGGGCUCUCCCUUAUCCACGGCACCACCCUCGACAGCAUCCCCGACCCAGCACCGAACCCAUGGCGACACAUCCCCCUCGCUUACACCUCCCUCAGCCCGCAGGAGUGUGCCAAAUACGGCCCCUACUGCAAGUCAGGGAGUCGCUUCGGCACCUUCACCGCCGAGCCCGCCAGGUUCCUCCCCACGCUGCUGGAGGAGGUGAGGGCCCGCGGGGGGCGGCUGGUGGUGCGGCGCCUGGCAACCCUCCAGGACGCCGCAGCCGAGGCGGACCUCCUCAUCAACUGCAGCGGCCUGGGAGCACGUGACCUGGUGCCUGACCCCUCCGUGUACCCCUGCAGAGGUCAGGUUAUGAGGGUACGCGCUCCCUGGGUGACCAGUUAUCUCGCCGAUGACUCCAACGAAGCGUUUGGCUACAUCAUCCCCAACCACGACACGGUGGUGCUGGGCGGGACUCACCAAGAUAACAACUGGAAUCUCGAGGUGGACCCAGCCGACUCUCGCGCCAUCUGGUCCGCCUGCACCUCUCUCCUGCCCUCCCUCAAGUCUGCUGAGGUGGUGCGGGAGUGGGUGGGGCUGAGGCCGUGUCGAAGCAAGGGUGUGAGGCUGGAGGAGGACGAGCUAAAGAUGGGUUCUCGCACCGUCCCUGUCAUCCACAACUACGGUCACGGGGGCAGCGGGGUGACUCUGUUCUGGGGAUGCAGCAGAGAAGUGGCCCGUCUUGCCUCCAAUAUCUUGUAUCGCUGCUACGGGCCCACCAGCAGGCUCUAGACUUCUCCACGAGGCAUGUCAGGACGGCCAGUAUUUAUCACAUGUCGGUUUAAUUGACCCCUAUGAAGUACAUACUGCUGUUUUUUUCAACGGCUGUUCACGUGUGUCUUCCUUCUUGCACUCCAGCUUCAUUCUGAAGAUUUGUUUUACUUAGAGAGCAAGCAAGUACAUCCCAAGGAAUAGAUUUUUAGUAAAUGUAAAGACAGGAAUGGUUAAUGUAAUAAAAUCUAGAUUAGU